CGAGAAUGUCUCUGUGCGAGUGGUACGCGAGCCGCGUGGUGCUCCUCACGGGAGUCACCAGCGAAUUGGGACACGCUCUGCUGGAAAAGAUCUUACGGUGCUUACCGGACGUCAGGGUGUACGUCGUCCUACGAUCCCUAAACGGUCUCAGCGGCGAGGAACGGCUAAAGAAGAUAUUCGCGUCACCCGGGUACGAGCGACUGAGGCAGGAGAUGCCGGGCGCGAUCUCGCGCGUGAAAACGUUCGAGGGGAAUCUGCUUUACGAGGAUCUUGCUCUAAGCAUCGAGGACAAAGCCUCGUUGAGGGAGGUCACCGUGGCCUUUCAUGCCGCCGGGCCGCACGACAGCUUUCUGGAAUAUUGUCAGGAAUUACCGAAGCUCAAGAGCGUCGCUGUAGCGUCCAGCAUUUUCAGGCAUCGCGGCAAGAUAGACGAGUGUCUGCAGAAUGAAAAGAUCCCCGAGCUACCGGUCGCCCUGGUGCGUUUGCCUUGCGUCGGGCCAGCUUACAAGGAACCUAUGCCCGGUUUCGUCGAGACCCUCAAAGGACCCACCGCCCUCAUGAUCGGUGCGGGCUUCGCGUUCGGCGAUUCGCAAUUGCAAGCCGAGGUCGUCCCGAUAGACGUAGCAGUAAACACGAUAAUCGCGGCCGCGUGGCAGGUUGGCAUGACCAAUGCUACGAAACCGGUAGUCUAUAAUGCGACAUUGCUGGGCUGCACGUGGGACAAUCUGAUUAAAAAGAGUCGACGAGCCAGCUGCACAUUUCCCUACCCAACCUUCGGAAUCCGCGGAAUGACGUCCAUUGAGCCGCUGUACUGGAUUUUGGUACUGCUCCUCGAAUGGCUGCCAUCCUUACUCUGCGACAUCGUCUUCGGUCUAUGCGGCAGGAAACAGAGGAUUCUCACGGAGUACGACAGAGUUCGUAAUGCACUUCAACCUUUGAAGUCAAUUUCAACGAGGCCGUGGCUAGCGGAAAGGAAUCGCGUGUACAUGCUGCAGCAACGUCUCACGAAGGAGGAGCAGGAUGUAUUUCCGAUCGUCCCGGAGAUCGACAUUGAGAGUUAUGUCCUCUGCGCCGCAGCUGCCACUCAGAAGUACUGCGUGAAUGAGGACAAUCUCAAAAUGAUGAAAAUGAUCAAAUUUUAUCUCUACUUCCUGUCCAUAUCCAUGAUACUUGGCGUCGCGUAUAUUGCUGUGUCGCGUACAUUGUUAUCACACGCAAGUUAGAUAAAAAUGAUGAUGUCUUUAGUACAUAAAAAGGUUCUCUUUUUGCAAAAAUCUAUAAAAGGAAUAAUAUAUUGUGCGCGUAACUUGGAAACAUCUAUACUUUGGAUGUUUUUAUAAUUAACAAUCACUUGUGUGAUUACGAUACUUAUAGAGUUGCAUUAAAUUAAAUUCUCACGUCCCACGUUUUUGUGCAGCCUUAUUCGAUGAACAGUAUAUUAGAUUAAGGUACGAUAUAUUUUAUAUUAGUAGCAUACGUACGUGUUAAUAAUACGUUAAUAAUAUUAGUAAUAUGAUAUUUACUUUAUUAAGUUUUGUUUUUUUGUUGAGUCUCGUUCUAUUCUAUUCGUUUUAGCGCGAUUUUUUUUCUAGAGUAAGGAAAGUACUUCGACCAUUUACGUCGACUCCGAAGACACACUCGGUUAGAACCGUACGUAACGCUUCGCAAAUAUUCGUGAGAGUUGCACGAGACGCCUACAUGGGAAAAUGCCGUUUGGGUGAAAGUUUCUAGGCACGGCAGUAUCAACGAAGAUAUAUUUCCAGCACGUUCUCUCUAUGCAAUAUCGCCGUGCUGACUUGUACUCAUUCCUCCUAUCGAGAGGAAUACAAGAAAAACAGGGAAUAUUAUUUCCAGAUUUUGUACGUUUUCUAAUGGGAAUAGGAUUGCGCAAAAUUCUCGUGAAAGCUGCUCGGUGCAUGCAACGCCGCGUUACGGGAAUCGUCUUGCUUCAAAGACGAAUGCGACGAUAACACUUUGAGUAACGAUAGUUUAGAACAACGAUAAAAUACAUAUAAAAAUCUAUCUUUCGCUACUAAUGCGCUGCAGUUAUUCUUAAUUUUCGUUAAUUAUUGGCAUUUUCGGUGGAAACAAAAUACAUUUUAUACAUAAUAGAUUAUGUACUGUACGUUAUUAGACGAAUGCAAAAAUAAAAUUGUAUAUUGCAGGUAAUAAUAGAGAUUUAAUUUGUUUCUUAAAAAAAUCUAUCUUCUCUUUUUCCAACGCUGUAUUUCACCUGCGUUUAAACUAGACAUGGUGUUGCAAAAUUUAUAUUAUCUAAUAUACAUUAAAAGCUCCCGCAUAAUUUGCUUGAAAGCUUCCAGUUAUUUUUAAACUCAUGCAAAUUAAAUUCUUUUAUCAUUUCCGCAGUAAUACAAUCAGGACAGUGACGUCUAUCUCACGGUGGGAUAUUCUCAUCACUACGUAACGUACGUCAUCCCAUUUUUUUCCGCUCCCCGUUGUCAGCAAAAAUUUCGUUCGCGUGACCAGCGUGGGAGUUUGAGUCGAGUUAUGCUUUUAAAAUCCUAUUACGUGAAAUUUACUAAAGAAAGUUGCGGAUUAGUUUCAUGAGAUAUAAUUGGAUGUGGUAGAUGGAAUUGCGCUUUCAUAAUAAUAGGCACCGCCUAUUCCGUGAAACCAAGUUUCUCACUAUCGUUGAGAGGCCCAGUUGAAAGGUUGAGAAUCCAAAAAAAAUAAGUCGCACGCAGCAGGAUAGUGAAUGAAAGGAAUGAAAUAACGGGCAAAAUAGUACAGGAAAGAAAGGGAGAUCGCAAAGCGAGGAGGACGUGUGUAUAUUCAAUUUAGCUCUAACAGGUAUGAAUAAGAUGUAUAUAUCCGAGUAAAUAUGUAUGUGAUUGCUUCUAUGCAAAAGUGAGUUAUGCCGGCGUGUCUGGAACGAUAGAAUAGCACAUUCAAGGGAGGGAACGUCAAAGGUCCUUUGUAAAUCCGUCCAGCGUUUCUUAUUUCUAUGGAACCGUUUCGCAAAAAUCUCUGCACCUAUUAACUGUAGUUGAAAAUAGCUCCUCGCGACAACAUUGAUAAGUGUACGCGAGAAAUGUCAUUGAUAACAUUUCUUUCUCUACACAAAAGUCUCUUAUGUAACCAUGUAUAUUAAAGAAUUAAAGCAAUACGCAUGUGUAUUAUUUAUUUCAUACUUGGUAGACAAUUUCGAUCGAUAUUUUAUAGGGAUAUUUCAGCGUUCUGUUGAUCGUUUUACGAAUAUCAUCGUCUAUUAAAGA